GAAGGAUUGUCCAAGUGUGGAAGAUGUAAACAGGCCUUUUACUGCAAUGUGGAAUGUCAGAAGGAAGACUGGCCAAUGCACAAGCUAGAGUGUUCUGCCAUGUGUGCUUUUGGGCAGAACUGGAAUCCCUCGGAGACUGUGAGACUAACGGCGAGGAUCCUUGCCAAACAGAGAACUCACCCUGAAAGAACACAGUCGGAGAAGCUGCUUGCUGUAAAAGAGUUUGAAUCACACCUUGACAAACUAGACAAUGAAAAGAGAGAGCUGAUUCAGAACGACAUUGCUGCUCUUCAUCACUUUUACUCAAAGCACUUGGAGUACCCUGACAAUGCUGCCCUUGUAGUUCUCUUUGCACAAGUGAACUGUAAUGGCUUCACAAUUGAAGAUGAAGAACUCUCUCAUUUGGGAUCAGCCAUAUUUCCUGAUGUUGCAUUGAUGAACCAUAGCUGUUGCCCAAAUGUGAUUGUAACUUACAAGGGGACCUUGGCUGAAGUCAGAGCUGUUAAAGAGAUUGAGCCUGGAGAAGAGGUUUUUACCAGCUAUAUUGACCUGUUGUAUCCCACAGAAGACAGAAAUGACCGGUUAAGAGACUCAUAUUUCUUCAAUUGUGAUUGCAGGGAGUGCAUUACAAAAGAAAAGGAUAAAGAGAAACUGGAAAUUCGCAAGCUGAGUGAUCCUCCAUCAGCAGAGACAGUACGGGACAUGAUCAAAUACGCCAGGAACGUGAUUGAGGAAUUCAGGCGAGCCAAACACUACAAAUCUCCUAGUGAAUUACUGGAGAUCUGUGAACUCAGCCUGGACAAGAUGGGUGCAGUGUUUGAAGACAGUAAUGUUUAUAUGUUACAUAUGAUGUACCAGGCCAUGGGUGUCUGUCUCUAUGUGCAGGACUGGGAAGGUGCGCUACGUUAUGGGCAAAAAAUUAUCAGACCAUACAGUAAACAUUAUCCCUCCUACUCGCUGAAUGUUGCCUCCAUGUGGCUGAAAUUAGGGAGACUGUAUAUGGCGCUGGAGAACAGAACGGCUGGAGUUAAAGCCCUGAAGAGGGCAAUUGCUAUCAUGGAAGUAGCACACGGGAAAGAUCAUCCAUACAUUUCAGAGAUCAAAAAGGAAUUAGAGGACCACUGAGCCUUUGAAUCUAUGCAAUCCUUCAAACCUUUAUUUAAAAAGCCUUGCUAUGGAAACCUUCAGGAGUGCUUUGAAAAGUGGUAGAGUACGAACACAGUUCUGUCCUAUAAUUGGAAUGACAAACACACUUAGGCCUUGCAAAGUGUUCCUAGUUUCCACACAUCUAUACUUGCCUUUUUCUUUUUUCUCUCUCUCUUUUUUUUAAGGAAGCAUCGGUGUUUCUUAAAGGUUAUGGCUUUUGACAGCUCAUGUGCAAAAAUCGUCAUUUUUUUCUUUAUGGAGUUUCCUGUGUAUUUGUGUAAAGUAAAUAAAGUGGUCUUGACCCCCUCUUGA